AGUUACACCCCGCUAAACUGCGUCGCUUGAACGCUUUGAUGCCGACAAAACAUCAAUCUGUCUUUGUCUGCAUUAAAUUCGCAGAUUCAUCGCAUCAGGAUGGGGAAGAAGCAUAAAAAACAUCAUAAAUCGGAACGACGGCAACGUGAAGUGGAACCUGUAGAAGAAGUACCUGAGCCACCAUCUUUGAAGAUCGUGCUGAAGAAAUCAAAGAUCGAAGUGCUAGAGUCAGACAGUGAUGUGUACAACCAGAGCCCUGCCAUGGAGACCAGUAGCAGCAGUAAAAAACACAAACACAAGAAAAAGAAGAAGAAAAAAUCCAGUGACAGAGAGAAGAGUCGCCACAGAGAUGAGGGGAAACCAAAAAAACGCCACAGAGAAGAAGCUGAAGAAGAGUUUGAAGUUUCUCAGGAAGAGGAGCCACCGGUUGCUAAGCGACAAGUUUUGGAAGAUGUUGACAUCAGCGGGACGGGCGGGGAGGAGUCUGAAGCAGCGGAGGAGAAAUCCGAGAGAGGAAGUGCAACUCCGACAUCACAGGGUGCUGCAGAGCACGGUGUGCUUCGUAUCUGUCUGAAACACCUUCACAGCAAUCUACAGAGAAAAGAUGCAAAUGGAUUUUUUGCUAACCCUGUGAAUGACAUGAUUGCCCCAGGGUACUCCCUCAUCAUACUCAGCCCGAUGGACUUCAGUUCAAUGUUAGCCAAAAUCAACACCUUCAAGUAUAGAAAUGUUAUGGAAUACAAGAAAGAUUUUGUGCUCAUGUGUAACAAUGCUAUGACAUAUAACAGACCAGAGACCAUUUACUACAAGGAAGCAAAGAAACUACUUCACAUUGGAAUUAAAAUGAUGAGCAAGGAAAAGUUAUUGUUUAUGAAGAGGACCAUUCCUUUUCUGGCGAGCUUGCGUAAUGAAGAGCUAGGAAUUGAUGAGCCAGACGAGACAAAAGAAGUGAUUGAAGCUAUGCAAGAAGAAGAGCGACAGGAGAAACAAAGAUUGAAAGCCAGAGAAGGAAUUGGACGAUACGAGGCCCUGCCCGAUAACCUGACUCCCGAGGAAAUCCUCGCCCAGGCCAAGGCAGCCGCCAAAGAUGCAGCCGAUAUACUUACAUUACGCAAACCUGAAAGCAGAUUUGGAUUCCUACGACAGAGAGCAGAUGGUAGUACAUCAUUAAAUAUCAUGAACCCAGAUAAUGACGGAACAGUGAGUGAGACAGAAAAAGUAGUUAACCUUGGAUCACUGAUCGGGAAAUUGACAUCAGGGACAGGAAGUCUAUCCAGUUAUAAAGAGGACAAACGCAACAAAGUCACACCAAUAAACUAUUUGAACUAUGGACCGUUCAGUAGCUACGCACCCCAAUAUGAUUCAACUUUCUCAAACAUCUCGAAGGAAGAAUCUGAUCUGCUAUUGUCGACAUACGGAGAUGAAACUGGUGUUCAAUAUGCUAGAAGUAUAAUGGACUUCACCGAGAGCUCUGGAGACUAUGCCAUAGCUAUGGUGGACAAUCUCCUCGACAUCCUCACUAAAGGGGAACACAGCAAAACUCAAAAACUCCUAGACGAGCAGAAGGCUCAGGAGGACAUGCGUCCCGUUGAUAGUGGUCCUGAAGUACCACCGGCGACAGCUGCGGAUAUUUCUUCCCUACGGAGCCUCAGCCAGCUUGGGGUCGAUGUCUCGUUCCUUGACCAGUAUGAAAAUGAACCUCCAAAGGACCCAAUUCAGGAAAAGUUGGACCAGACCGCCAGUCUUUUGAAUGAUCUUCAGCAGACCCAGAAUGAACGCCUCAGUAGCAAACUUCCCCCUCACCUUGCCCUUGUUCCCGGGCCUUCUGAGAAAGAACUCCAACUAGCACAAAAAGUAACAAAAGAACUGAGAGAGCUGGCAAAAUCGGCGAAUCCCAGAGGUGUAGUCAGUGUUGAAGGAGUUCGUUCCGUUUUAGGAGUCAACUACGCACUCACAGGAGACACAAAUUUAACAGCUCCAACACCUCCAGUUCAAAUAGAGAACAAAUUGCCGGGUGAUGAACUUACGGACAAUAAUCCGAUUAUUUUAGAUGACCAGGACGGCAAUCAGUGCAAUAGUAUUAAUGAUAAUGACUCGGAAGACUUGGACAUAAGUGAAUUUUUAAAGCUUCCAGCACAUCUCGCCUCAAGCUUGGCUAACAGUAAUGAAAAUACUCUCAGUACAUAGUUACAUGUGCUGGGGUUUCCUAUAGUACUUGAUGGAUACUGACGAUAUAUUAUUUAAAUUUUGUGUAAAAUUGUGCUGCAUGUAAUCACUUCACCAUGGUAUGUAUUUUCUUCAAAGAUCUGUGUCAUCUCAUUAAAUCAAACAUGUGGUAAAUUGUUUUGUUGUUAA